AUGAAAGACGCCGAAAUGAAAAUAGAAAGUGUCGGUUCCGAUGCUACGGUCGAGCAACUGGAGUCUGCCCUGUCUUCCACCCCAAAAGACGCCGCUGAUCAAUAUACCCCUCUGGAUUGGGCACUCUGGCGAAAGUACUACAUUGUGGCUCUGGUCUCAACUUUCACGCUGAUGGCCCAGAUGGGUUCAGCGCUGGUCAACCCAUCAUUUGUCACGAUUGCGUCAGACCUCCAUGUUACUGUCGAGGAGGCAUCGUACUCCAUUACCAUUUAUAUGCUUUUCGCCGGCGUUUUUCCUCUGUUCAUCGCACCUUUCGCCAAUGUCUACGGGCGACGCCCUCUGUAUCUUCUUUUCACCAUUUUGUCCAUUGUUGGCUUUAUUGUGGCUGCAGUUUCACCAUCAUGGGGAGGACUCAUUGCUGGUCGUGUCAUUAGCGCCAUUGGAUGCAGUAUUCCGCUGGGGAUCGGAGCUGCAACUAUCUGCGAUCUCUUCCCGCAAGGACAGCGAGGAUUACCUAUGGGCAUAUUUGCCUGGGCAACAACCAACGGUCCUCACAUUGCGCCACUGGCUGGAGGUUACAUUUCACAAGCAUACGGCUGGAGAUGGUGCAAUUGGAUUUCGGCAAUAAUUGAAGGUGGCUUGCUGCUGUUGGCCAUUUUCACUCUUCCCGAAACCCUCGUCUCGGACGACCCGGAUGGGGAGGCCAAGCGUUCUGCGAUGCAGAGGAUGCUCUAUUUUGGCAAAAUCGUUGAUUGUCGAAUUCAACUCAGAGACUUCUUUCUGCCACUAAGGCUGAUGAAAUACGCAGCAGUCACGCUACCUUGUAUAAUGUACAUGGUAAAUCUUUCUUACGGCAGUCCUCUUUUCGCAGUCACCGGAUCUUUCAUCUCUGCCAGUGUUUACCACUUCGAUCUCGGACAAACCGGCCUUUUUCUUGGGCUACCACUCACAGUGGGUUGUGUGCUUGGCGAGCUAUCGGCGGGAUGGGUCAGUGAUCUCAUCAUCAACACUUAUGCUAGAUAUCACGGUGGAUAUCGAAAGGCCGAGGCCCGCCUAUACCUAUUACCCUUGGUUUUUCUUACUGCAAUUGGCACUGCCACAUUUGGUUACUGUAUCGAAGAAAGAAAACCAUGGAUCCAGGCUGCUGUCUGCAUGGCGGUCUCGGGAUUCGGAACGCAAAUCGCGACAACUGUCACUUAUACAUAUUGCUGUGACUCGUAUCCAAGCCAGUCCAGUGAUGUCAGUGUUGUUAUCAAUCUUUUGAAAUCACUUUUCGCAUUCAACGUCGGUUUCUACGCACUCCCAACAGCAGAUCAGUUGGGAUUCACAGCAGGAUUUAGUAUCUUCGCUGCGAUUAGCGCCGCGGUAACUAUCCCAGUGUUUAUCUUGAUCAUCUACGGGGAAAAAAUCAGGCGCACACAGGGAAAUCCGAAUUCAAGUGCCAGUAAUUCCCAGUGA